ACUAAUUUGUUUUGAUCCUUUGAUUAAUAGAUGCAAAUCUUUGUUAAAACCCUCACUGGCAAGACCAUCACCCUUGAGGUGGAGAGUUCGGACACCAUUGACAAUGUGAAGGCAAAGAUCCAAGACAAGGAAGGAAUACCCCCAGACCAGCAGAGGCUUAUCUUUGCUGGCAAGCAACUCGAAGAUGGUCGAACAAUGGCCGACUACAACAUCCAGAAAGAGUCCACACUCCACCUGGUGCUUCGACUUCGAGGUGGUAUGCAAAUCUUUGUCAAGCCUCUCACUGGAAAGACGAUUACCUUGGAGGUUGAAAGCUCCGACACUAUUGAUAAUGUCAAGGCUAAGAUCCAAGAUAAAGAAGGAAUCCCUCAAGAUCAACAGAGGUUUAUCUUUGCUGGAAAGCAGCUUGAAGAUGGUCGGACACUGGCUGACUAUAACAUCCAGAAGGAGUCCACCCUCCACCUAGUGCUUCGUCUUCGUGGUGGCAUGCAAAUCUUUGUCAAGACUCUUACUGGAAAGACAAUUACCUUGGAGGUUGAGAGUUCAGAUACCAUUGAUAAUGUGAAAGCCAAAAUUCAGGACAAAGAAGGAAUUCCACCAGACCAACAAAGAUUGAUUUUUGCAGGAAAACAGCUUGAAGAUGGAAGAACUCUUGCCGAUUAUAAUAUCCAAAAGGAGUCUACUCUCCAUUUGGUUCUCCGCCUUCGUGGAGGUAUGCAGAUCUUUGUGAAGACUCUUACUGGAAAGACCAUCACUUUGGAAGUUGAAAGUUCAGACACAAUUGACAAUGUGAAGGCAAAGAUCCAAGACAAGGAGGGUAUUCCCCCAGACCAGCAAAGACUCAUCUUUGCCGGCAAGCAACUUGAAGAUGGAAGGACAUUGGCAGACUAUAAUAUCCAAAAGGAGUCAACACUUCACUUGGUGUUGCGCUUGCGUGGUGGGAUGCAGAUCUUUGUGAAGACCUUAACUGGGAAGACAAUAACAUUGGAGGUUGAAAGUUCAGACACCAUUGACAAUGUUAAGGCAAAGAUUCAAGACAAGGAAGGAAUCCCACCAGACCAGCAGAGGUUGAUUUUUUCUGGGAAGCAGCUGGAGGAUGGGGGAACCCUUGCAGAUUACAACAUACAGAAAGAGUCUACUCUGCAUCUUGUCCUUCGCCUCCGCGGUGGUUUCUAAGUAAGGGUGGUCUGUGUUUGUAGGUGACCUCUUUUUGGCUAUAAAUGAUGUCUAAGCUUGUUUGAAUUAUAGCUAU